AUGGCAUCUGUACCGCUCAUUGUGUUCCUGGUUGCACUGUCCGGCCUCUUCUCCGGCCUCACUUUGGGCCUGAUGGGGCUAGAUGUCAUCGGUCUUCAAAUAGUUCAGAAAGGGGAGAACAAGGAGAUGGCCAGGUGUGCCGCGAGAAUAGCGCCGAUCCGAGAAUCUGGAAACCAACUCCUGUGCACCCUGCUGUUGGGAAACGUGGCGGUCAAUUCGGCCUUGUCCAUUUUGACAGCAGAGAUUGCCAGCGGUUUGGUUGGAUUUUUGGUCUCGACCGCUUUGAUCGUUACGUUCGGCGAGAUUUUGCCCCAGGCUGCUUGCUCCAGAUAUGCGCUUCAGGUUGGCGCAAGAACUGUUCCCAUCGUGAAGUUUCUGAUGAUUCUUUUUUUCAUCAUCACCAAGCCGAUGAGUAUUGCUUUGGAUUGGCUGCUGGGCCAGGAGGUUGGCACGAUCCACAGCCGAACAGAGCUUAUGGAGAUGCUGAAGCUCCAGAUCUCUUUGGGUGCUGUGGAUGCUGAGGAGGGAAAGAUUGCACAGCAGGUCGCCGAAGGUGCCUUGAGCUUUCGCGACAAGCAGGUCGGCGACAUCAUGACACCACUGGAGGAUGCUUAUUUCCUGAACAGUGACACGAAGCUUGGAUACGACGCCAUCCGGGAGAUCUUCGAGACCGGAUUCAGCCGAAUCCCCAUUUAUGGCAGAGAUAAGCACGAAUACCGUGGCCUUUUGUAUUCGAAGGACUUGAUGCUUGCUGACCCCGAAGAUGAGAUGAAGGUGGGUGACUUCAUUCAAAUCUUUGGCAGGAAGGUAGAGACCGUUUUCGAGGAGACGAAGCUGGUGGCCUGCUUAAAUGCCUUCAAAAAGGGCGGUACGCACAUGGCGCUCGUGCGCAAGGCAGUCACAACCGUGGACACCGAUCCACGCUUUGAGAUCGUGGGAGUCCUGACCCUGGAAGACAUUGUGGAAGAGAUCAUUCAAGAGGAGAUCGUGGAUGAGACAGAUGUGUAUGUCGAUGUUGACAGGCAGUUGAAGAUCCGGGGUCGAGACGAGCGCAAGUUCGACCUAGGCGUCUUCAAUCCAAUCUGGCGGUCCAAAGCAGACAAGCUGAGUUUGGAGGAGGUUAGUGCCAUCUCCGCACAUCUGACGCGAACAGCCUUCGCAGAAGGAAGCCCCUGCCCACUCCACUUCGAAACAGUCACGUGGCUGGUUGGAGAGGCGGAGGUCAUGAACUUGAAGCGCCACGCUGCUUCCGGGCAGGGUCCGACUGACGUCGACAUGCUUUACAAAUCCGGCCAGCAGACAGACCGGUGCACGCUGAUAUUGCAAGGACGGCUUGGAGCUUUCGUUGGCCAUGAGUCCUUCAAGACAGAGAAUGGAGCGUUUUCAGUGCUGGCAAGGGAUGCACUGACAUCAGACUUCUUCACCCCAGACUUCGAUGCCUUCCUCAGUACCAGCAAGGUACGCAUAUUGUCCAUCAAGCGGGAGCUCUACAAUAGAGCGAAGGAGUUGGAGAAGGAUCCCGCUCAGCUGGAGAGGGCAAAAAGAGCCCAGGCACACAUCAUGCCGCGAAUGCCGACUGCACGACGGCUCAGCGUCAGAAAUCGUGCCAGCACAGAUGAGGACGACGGAUCACCACGCGUCUCCCACUGCAGCGCCGGAAGGCAAUCGCCGGUGCAAUCGCGAGCUCAGCUAUGA